GGUAGUUAAAUUCCAUGUGCAUGUGAGACUAGCAUUUUGCAUAUAAAAUGUUUGAUUUUAAUUUAGUCUUGAAAUUUUCCUAGAUCAGGCCUGAUUCAAAUUACAAACUUGCCAAUGGGAAUCAUCCUUAGUGAUCAUGCUCAACAGAUGCUCAAGAUCAUCACAACGACUACUCUUGCUCAAAGCUUCAAGAUUUAUUUGAAAAUGUUUGAAUUACAAUUCCGUCAUCAUGAAGUAAAUGGUUACUUCCUACCACAAGUUUUUUCACAAGUCAAAAUUCAAGCUUCAACUCCAGCAGAGUUUCCCAGCUGCUAAUAAUCUAUAUGGCUUCUUAUCAUUGAACACCAAUUCAAAAUUUUAUCUUAAAAUAUAGGAAAUCAUGGAAACAGCUGUCACCUAUAAUUAUGAUGUCAUCCCAAGUUCAAGAACACAUUCUAAUGACUGUCUCAAGUUGGAUAUAGGUCUGAGGACCCACAAUCAUCAUGAUAAUAUGCUCUUCUCUCCAGUAAGCCAUAAAAAACCUGAACAGUGGCUUGAAACAGUUGAAAAAUUUUCCAGCAGCUUACAUCAUAGAAUAUUUCCUUUGACACCUGUAACUUUGUCUACAUCACAGAACAGUCUAACUCAGACCAGUUCACUCAACAGGUCACCCAUACAACAUCUUGGGAAAGGACACCAACCGUAUCUCAAUGGAUUUGACCCAAAAGAUGCACCAUUCGAGACUGAAUACUCUCUGUCCAAGAAAGAUUUACUAGAAAAUAUGGGAAGCAUCUAUAAUCUCAAAAUAAAUCCAAAAACUCUCCAAGUCAAUUCAGUUUCAAAGAAGAAGAAGAAGAAAGUUCCCACAAAGAAAGGCACUGGAGCAUGGAGUUCUCCAACUUUGUCUGUUGCUCCUAGUGAACAAUGUGCUAGCUUACAAAUUUUAUCUGAUUUGCAUGGGGCUAUUAGUGACUUUUCAAUGAAGCCUGAACUUUCACUUUCAAAAUUAUCAAAAAGUUGUAGCAAAAAGGCUGGUAAAAAAAUAAAGUUGGUUUCCCAAAUUGAUUUGGUAUCUGAAAGUCCUCCAACAACUUGUGAGUCAGAUGCCUUAAUGACUCAAGGAUCUACAACUGAUGAUGUGCUGCAGUCUCCUCUGAAACAAUUUGAUGCCAAACAAGAGGAAACUAGCACUACAAAUUUCAAAUGCCCAAAGAAGAAUUCAAAAGGUCCUGUCAAAAGAAAGCCACCUAAAACAAUAGUUCGAGAUUCUUACAAGAAAAACAAACAUAAAAACAAAUCCAAAUUUACUGUGAACCUUAGUACUGAUAGUACUCAAUUGACUGAUAAAUACUUGAUAGAUAAGAGAAGCUUCCUCGAGUCAAAUGCACUUUCUUUAGGCAGCCAUGCUUACUCAGCAAAUGAUUACUUUCAACAUUAUAUAUCUAGUGAGCUGUAUGAGCAAUAUUUAAAACCUAGAGCAGAACCUAGUUUGGGUGAUUUGGCAUGGAAUAACUUCAUUCAUCAUCCAGAAAGAAGAAUGGGAGCUGACAGCUUGAAUGCUUUAUUCAAAAUUAAUGCGACGCCUGAUGGGGACAACAUAUUACAUCAAGAUUUGGAACCUGGAGAAAUUUUGCGGCUUCAAUCAAAUGCAUCAUCUGCCUUCCACAGAGAUAUUAAUACUGACCCCCACCAAUUUUUCAGAAGCAGUGUAGCUGUACCUGAUUUGAUGUACAUCUAUUACAGCAAAUUCUAUGAGACAUUCCAUCAGCUUGCUCUGCAGAAGGAACCUACAGUGGAGGCCUGUCCAAUUCUAUCAGAGACCAAUACUAAUCCUAGUGUUUCGGUUCCUAAUUUGGGAAGCAAUAAGUUCUCUACCGAUGGGGUUUCCUCCAAUAUUCCUAGGAAUCCUGUUGAAAUUUCUCAUGGCUGCAAACCCACAAAACCACAGCCAACCCACAAAAUGGAAUCUGACCACACAAUUGGAAUUUCAUCUAGAGCUGAUAAACGAAAGCUGCAGGAACUGGACAUUCCUCACAAUUCAGAUUCUACCCAAGAAAGAAGCAAAAAACAGUGCAUUGAUUCAUUGCAUAAUGAGCAGGAAGACAGAGAACUUAUGUCACAGCAUGCAAAUGUCAAAGAAAACUUUGAGCCUGAGGUUACAGACAAGCAAGUCUCACCACUACUGCUGCUCAGGGCCACUCUCCUGGCAAAAAAGGCUAUGUGUUCCAGCAAUAACCCAGAUAAUAGUGGGUUAUGUUCUUCUACAAACCUUUUGCCAAGAUCCUCCAAGGCAGCCUGUGAUGUUGGCAAAUCAACAAGUGAUGGAAUUAACACUUCUGCAUUUCCAACUGCUUUAGAUCUGACAUCCAAACUCCAUGAAAGUUCAACAUCUUUAUGGAAUGGUAAGCCACUGGAGCAGGAUGAUGCUUCUAACUACGCCAAGAACCCGCUGCUGCAAAGAGAAAUUCUAAAUAAUGAAGCCCAAUCCAUUGAUCCAGCUGAAAAAUUAAAUUUUGACUUAAAGGAGGCAAAUUGUAGCCUCAGGCCUACAAAUUGUGACACAGUUGGGCAAGAGCCUGAUGCUGAUGAACUGCUAACUCAGAGAGCAAUGAAGCUCAGUGAAGUUCCUUCAUGUUUAUUUCCUCAAGAGAAGAUGAGUGAAAUUUUUGAGCCUUUGAUAGAUUCAAAGCCUUCCAGAAGUGAGGUAAACAAAGAUGACAGUAUUAAAUUAUUGGAUGGGAAUGAUGAUGUCAUGAUCGAGACAAAAGGAGAAGACAAUACACAAGAGGAUACUUCAAACCUCAUCAACCUUAGGCUCAAUAUCACUGCUAAAAUAAAUCUCAUUAAACUUCUUCAAACUUUGUCUUCAACUUUAGAGCAAACAGAAGAAUUGAACGGGUCAGUAAAAUCUGAAAAUGCUCAAAAAGAACAACUAGCAAAUUCUUGUGAUCUUUUAAAAGAAGAGGAAAUGCAUGCUGGUGUAGAAGUGGAUUCCACAAAGCUGCAGGUUUAUGGCCCAAUACUGAAGAUACCAAAAAGGGAUACACUCUCCUCAGCAUCUUGUCUGCCAGAUGGAGGUUGUAGCGAUAUGAAGUUUGACGAGUCCCAUCGGAAAAACGAGCAACAAGAGGUUGGGAAAUCAUCGCCUAACAAUGUUGACAACUCUAAAAUAAACUAUUCGUUAUUGCCCAAAGAUGAGCCUCUUACUGCAAAUGAAUCUAAGCUGGAUUCGACAGCUCAUGCUAGUCAAGAAGUCAUGCUUGGCAAUGAUAAUCUCACUGUCCAAAACAGGACGAGUUCCCCUGCAUCGUCUGUGUGCACAGAAGAGCUUUUUGAGAAAAGUGACUCCGAUGAACUGUUGAAGCAGUUCGAGGAGCUUGCCCUCACCACCGAGGAGCAUGAGCUCCUUGAAAAGAUUGAGUGGAGGAUGUGGAUGGAACGUCUUGCUGGAACUGGGCUCGAAUUUCUUGUCAAGGAUGACCCAGUAUCGAGUAAGGAAUUUGAAGACGAACUUGAUAGCGACAUCGACAUUAUACUCAAAAACGUGAGGGAAACUAUUUCUUUGCAAAAGCAAAAUAUUCUGCUGAAAAAGAAUGCAGAGGAGUUGCAGAUGACAAUAACGACUAAAGCAAAUGACGCUGACAGUGAUCAUGUGGUUGAAAAUCAUUCUGGAAAAAUGGUGGACUGCUCAGGUGGAAUGGAUACCUCUGCCAGCUCUGACGUGCUCAGUGAACAUAGUAAGCCUUGCUUGGUUGAAGAGGUGCAAGAUUUCGAUCAAGAGGAGAGCAAAGUAGGCUUGGAACCUGCUGAUGUGAGCCAGCCAGCGAACAACUAUUUGAUGGCACAAACUGACAACAAAGAAGAACUAAUCGUUUCUACACUAGGCUGGGCUGAACCUGACGAAAGCAGACCAUUAUCUAGCGCGCACAUGCUGCACUGGAGCUACUGUCGCAUGACCAACCACUUGCUGGACCCGACGCGUGAGAGCUUCAAGUGUCCAUUAUGCAAUUAUAAAAGCCCUAGGAAAGGCCACGUGGAGCGGCACAUCCUCAUCCACUCGGGCGAGAAACCAUACAGUUGCAGCGAGUGCAACUACCGCAGCCACACUAAGGACGCCAUGGCGCUGCACGCUAGGGUUCAUUCGGGACAUAAGAAGUUCAUUUGCUGUCGGUGUAAUUACGCGACUAACAGAAAAAUUUAUCUCGAGAGACACUUAGCCUUGCAUGACAAUGAUCCAACACCUUGCAGUAGGUGCACAGAGAGACCUCUCACAAAGAAGCGCGAUCGUGUUUUGGAUGAAGCUAUUGACGUAGAGGCAGUGUUGAACUUGCAGGGAGAGCUGGAGGCACCUGUCACCGCCGCCGAGUCUGACUCUGAAGGUGAUGAGCCCUCCGCCUCUUCACUGCCAUCAGAAGAGCUCGACAACAACAACGACUACACUCAACUGCUCGCUUGUGUCAAGGAAGAGUUUGAUGCUUCACAACUUGGAGAAGAUAUAACUUUGUGUGGUUGUCAGCUGUUUGCUGCCAAAUCUCCAGAUCGCAAGAAAGGACGCGUGUACAGUUCGGAUCGACCGUAUCCUUGCUCUCAAUGCUCCUACCGCGCCACCAAGAAGUCCUUGCUUGACAAGCACGCUAAAGUGCACACGGGCGAACGGCCGUUUCCUUGUCCGUUGUGCAAGUAUAAAGCCUCGCGAAAAGCACACCUUUUGCGUCACAUGCGAACUCAUCAGAAGGAACUCGAGUGAAUUAGCCUGCCUGGAAGUUCCUAAGAAAGUAACGAAGAUUCCCAUGGAAGAACAGUUGAGUAGUUUUUCUUUCGAGUGGUCGCAGGGAUUAUUUUCGCUGCCAUGGACUUGGUCAUUCAGUCAGAACUCUUCUCUCUGCCAAAGUGUGAAACGUCUGAACUAAUCUGACAACGAUUUUCGUCCGUUGAAUGAUAUAUUUAGUUGUACUUUAUAGUAAUUUUCUAUUCGUGCUCAUAGUAAUUUUGUACUCGGGAUCGUUGUGAUAGCUUGCAAAAGACGCAUGUGUAAUAGAACGACCCACCGCAGUCGCAUGGUCGAUGGCCUAUAAUAAAUGGAGGAAACGGCGGCGGUGAUGACUUUAUCUUAUUGGCAUUAUUUCUAGUCUACGUUUUUGCAAAGCUUUUGAAGUACGAUUUUUAUAUUCUAAACCUAAGAAAAUUAGAAGAGGCCAACGAUAGCGGAGUAGCUACGAAAUAGAUUUGUAAGCUUCACUCGGUGCGUCCUUUUAAUCUAUUUAGGUAAGAUGGUUACAAUGAUGGGAACAUUUUGCCUGCUGGAAGAUCCAGGCAUUUAUAUUUUUACUGCACUAUAAGUUAUGAAAUCAGGCACUAAAUUUCGAUUGUUCCCAACCUUCUAAAAUUAACAGUGUAACGGAAACUGCAAAGCCGUUGCUAUUUUCGUUCACUCUUGGAGGAUAUGAAUAUGCAGCACCAUAUGAAAGUUUAGCGUAAUGCUGGACGUUUGCAGACGGCAGGUUGUUGCGGGUUUAACAUUAUUUUGUCAUCUAUGGUAUGCCCAAUAAUUUUCAGGGCUUCUUCUUUACUGGGUUGCCGCUCGACCCUAUAGGUCGAUCACUACUAGUAGAGUGAUUUGACUACCUACUUCUCGUGACUAUUACUGAUACUAAAGGCUUCAACCGUUGGUGGUGUGACUUUUAUUUUAUUAAAUAUCAGGAGAUAAUUCUAGGCAUGUGAUUUAAGUUUACGGGCGACUUCUUAUACAUUUAGAUAGGUACAAUACCAGCUUACCAUCAUUGCGCUUUACCUUACCGCCGACUAGGUAAACUUCUGUGGCUGGUACGUGAACUGAUCUAGUACAUUAUACAGUAUUGAAGUGCGGUGAAGAAGUCGCAAUGUUGUGCAGAAUUAUGAAUUUUUUACUUCUGUUUGAUGGUACAAGGGUAAAAUUCUCCGUCAUUACUCUAAAGUUAGUUGGUGCAGAAAUUCUGGCGGCAAGCAGUACAGAAAACUUGAAGAAAACCUCGAUCGUGAUUAAUUUUUACCUUCAAAGGCUGGCAACAAUAAAGGAAUUUAAGUGUAUUUUGCCUAUAAAUUAGAAAGCAGUGACGACAUCGAUUGCCACUGAAGUCAUCCUCAUUGAUGGAAUCUUCCCGUGCUCUUCAUUCCUACCCAUUGUUAUUCUUAUAAGUGUUCAAUUGAUCUAACGUGUGUCUGUCCAAAGAUUAUAUCGUGAUCUCAAAUCUAUUUCUCCAUUGAUUAUUCUUAGGGUGAUAAUUAUUAUCACGAUGAUUAUUAGGUGUAAGUCUCUGUACCAUUAAUCUUAGGGUCUCGGUGCGUGUGCUGUACAAACCCAACAGGAAAAUGACGUUGAAACAACGUUUAAUUAACGUUAAUUCAACAAAACAGCGUUCAAAUCAACGUCAAACACCUGGCGGGAACGGUCGCCUGGAGCGCAGUUCUUGCGUCUCUCGUCUAUUGACAAUCGCACUGCUGUCUCGUGGCCCGGCCAGCACCUCUCUUGUUGAUGGUGCGUACUGUUUUGUGUUGCGUUAUUCCACAGCCUUAUUCGCUGCGGUUAUCAGCUAUUAUAAAUUUACAACAAUUAUCAAGAAGAAAUUAUGCUGUACGUGUAUUAAUGAGCUUUUUUAUGAAUUAUUUCUCGCGUUAUUUUCAGUUUUUCUGUUCAAAUUUUGUUUGAGAUGCUUAAAAUAUUUUACAUAAAUGUCUAUUAUUAUGUGUUACAUAGAAUUUGAAUUAGUUAUUAUAAUGCUCUUUCAUUAUUACGAGGCUAAGUUCAUGCAGAGUAAUUUUGAGACCUUCGCCAGAAUAGGAAGAUGUUUCAUCUCCGACAUUGUACUUACCGGUGGAGAGGUUAGCUUAUAAUGCUUUUGUUACGUUCAAAAUAAGAAAUGGUUCACGUGCUUCGACUCGGCUUUAGGAAUAACGAUAUCUUUCAGCGACAAUUUUGAUUUAAUUUUGUAUUAGGACAACUUGCUGCAAGGUCGUUGGAGUUAGAAUAGGUGAGAGUGGUUACACUGCCACAAAUAGUGGGUGUAAUUUGCUGCUCGAGGAAUGGCAUGAGUUUAUUUAAUCGAGAUCGUUUGCUUCGUUCUUUCAGUUGUAGAGCUUGAAAGAAUAUGGACGCGCAGGCCGUCAUAAAAGACUUGCAUGAGCCGAGAUUUUGUGUCAUUUGUCUCCGUAGUCCCGUUACUAGUCAAUGUUUAAUAUUUAAGUGAUGGUGAGUGUUAACUUAAUGACCAUUUUUGCCAUUCCGUGUCUCCUCUUUGAUUUAAGAUGCCGGUGCUCUCAGCGCUCGACCUUCAAAUAAAUGACGAACUUUUACGGCAAGAAUAACCAGGUUUAAUUUCCAAUGAUACCACAACCGCUUAAACAUUUUAAAUUCGGAAUACUGAGCUGCUGGAGCUUCACAAGUGCAUCGCACUUCUGAGGAAGUUAAUUCUCAGUAAGGCUUGUGGCCUGUCAAGUCUAUUUUGUGAGAAUCGCUGGUUUUGUCUUGAAGGCUGUUUACACGUCAGGUAAAGUCGUUUACAACUGUAUUGAUAUAGUUUGUUUUUGUUACGAAGCAAGUCUAGUUCAAAGACAGCUUUUUUUGAGCAUAAACUAGGAAAGUCGGGAGUUGGAUGAUCGUAUUACUAAAUUAACUGUCUCUCGUUUCAAACAGCUUUUAUAUGGAUGAAUUCAUGUUGUUAGCUAUAUUGCAUUUUUUGUUGAAAUUGUGCUGUGCAGUUCACAGUUCUCGGAGACGUCGCUCAGGAUUAGCUCACGCUGUUGAAUUGCUUGAGUCAGUGGCACUCAGUGCUCCUACAUGUUCUUGGAAGCCUUCAAUACCACAAAUAAGUACUUGUACGAAACCUCUAUUUGGUGCUCUUUGUUGUUAGUUGUUCGCUGUUCCAUGGAGGUUGUCCACUUUAAAUUAAUCUACAUAUGGUCUGAAUUCUUUCGGCACCAGCACCACGUAUCAUUCGUCAGUGUUUUGCUUCACUUCGCUCACAUCAAAGUUGCUCUGAAAUUUACCCCAUUUUCCCCGAUAUUUCUUCCAUUUACUCAUGUUUACCGCCUAAUGGGGUAGUUGUCAAGAUUAUUUUGAUGUCAUAUUUGAAGCUGGUUUGUAAUUGCUAUACUAAAUAUCGAAGUUCAAGGUUGUGUUUCGACUUUGCAAUAUCUCUAUAUUCUGUGUCAGAAAGACAUCACUCGGAAACAAUCUAUUGAUGAGGUUAUAAUCGCCGCUUUCGAUAUUCUGUAUUUAGAAUUUGAGAAAGUAUAUUGAGAAAAAAGGUGUUGGUGCAGUGCCAUGCCAAGAAGUAUGCUAAGUCGAGACUCGACUUCAGGAUCCUGCAUCUUACUCUCAAUUCGUGUGAGCAGGAUUCCUACGCUGCGAAAUUCCACCUCAUUGUGAGGAACAUCCGUGUCCGUUGGAUAACAUUGCAAUAGCGCUUCUCCGCUUAUAACGAUGUGUUAAAUGGCGAAGUUAUCUCAGCCUUUGGCAAAAUGGUCUCGGUACUGAAGGUUAUUACUGGAUUUUAACUGAACAAAUCCUGCAUUAUUGGAGUUUUGAACCACUUCUAAUACUUGUUAGUUUAUUAAGCCAAACGAAGGACGCAACCGAAAGGCAAUAAGUAUGACGGGGUCUCACUAGAGUCCCGGGCCGUAUGCGUCGCGCUGUGCCGUCUUAUUUCUAAGGUUCUUCGAGCGUAAGUGAAACUAAAUGUGAUCUCUGUUGCAUUGUUUUAAGUAAGUAGCACUGAACGAGUCAAUUGUUUGCAUAAGUAGCACUUUAAAUUGUUAGUCUUAGUCCGCCGAAUCUAUGUCAUUUACCUCCAGUUUUUGUCUUUGAGGUCAGAAAAUGUCGACUGUAAUGCUCCGUGUGUGUGAAGCCUUUUCUUUUUCUUUAUUUCUGCGGGCUAGCCGACGUAUGAUACAAGGGCUGCAUUAAACAAUAUUGGGAUCAAACAUCAAUAUUAUUAGUCCGGUAUCGGAAUUAGAAUGAAAUGGAAGAAUAAACAACCUGAUUCACGUCAUUUAUUUACUAUUAACAAACAAAUAAUGAUAAAUAAAAUCACGCAUGUAUUCACGCAAACUUUUUUAAAGUGAGAGUUGUUUUCACGCAAACUUUUUAAAGUGAGAGUCUUAUCAGAGAAUUGUUUUUCAAAAAGGAUAAAACGAUUAUAUUUAUCGAUUGUUAUAGAUUGAAUAAAGUUUAUUGCUUUCAGUUCAUUAAUGUUGCAUGCAUUACAGUUCUUAUUUGACUUUCACUGCCACAAACGACAGUGGAAAUGUAUAAGCUAAAAUUUAUUAAUGAAACCAACAAAUAGUUUUUUUAGUUUGUUUUUUAAAAAGACACUAAGAACAUAACUACCAAAGAUGAGGAAAAAUCCGCAAUUGUAUUGAAUUAACAUCGUUGCUAUUUAUGUUGAGAUUUUUCAAAAAUUGAUUGAUAUACUAUAUGUAUUUGCAAUACUUUUUAAUCAUCAUAACUGUGAUUUAUUAAGUACCGUAGGAUAUUAGCUCUGUGGAUGCGUCAUCGCUAACAAAGCUCCUCAUAGCCCCCAUGUAGUAGGUUGGUGAGUGGAGCUCGGCAUGUCAGUUCUAAGCUGGACGUUUUGAGGCCAUCAUUCCAGGUGUUGGCCAUUGCGACGAUGAAGAACCAAAAGGAUACAUGUCAUUCUUGGUGCGGUAGCUGGACGUUUUGAGGCCAUCAUUCCAUAUGUUGGCCAUUGCGACGAUGAAGAACCAAAGGAUACAUGUUAUUGGUGCGGUCUCGAUGUCAGUGCGGAAGCUUUCGUGGCGCUGGGUGCGGGAGUCGCUUGUCUGCUGUGGGUUUAACAUUCCUCGUCACUCUUGUUGUUUUUAUCUUUCUUCUCUUCUUCAUCUCGAUCUUCAUUCAGUGUUUCCAGAGAUUUCAAAUAAAACCUAUUGAAUGUCU